GUCCCAACUAUGCCCGAUGUACCUUGAAGGUUGGUGGAUUAGUGUAAAAUUUGUUUCCGCUAAGACACUUGAGAUAGUUGAGAAGGGGACCAUUUAGAGGUUUCAUUAUUUGAAUGGUGAUGAGAUUUUAAUUUACAGGGGCUGAAGGACAUGAGUGGAUGAUGUAUCAUGUCAACUAAAGCAGGAUGUCGCUCACGCAAGACCGAAACUAGGAAAUAACAUUCAACAUGGCGGCGCCGUCCACGUGAGAAACAAAAUGGCGACCAGAGCUAUCGACAAACUGCGGGUCCAGGGCCGGGGCACCCCCCGAGUUGAGAACAGACCCUUGAAACUUUUUCAGGCGUCGAUAGAACAAGCAAACAACGGUACCCAGGUGGGGUGGCAGUCUAAAAAACUGAGCGGCACAGGCGAAACAAUUCCUGGCUCCGAUAUAAAUGGCGAGUUAUCAAACAAAAUCACAGGUCUAAGUUCAACCAAUGAAUCGAAUGGUGUUUACGAUGAAUAUCCAAACAGUCAGUUUUCUGAUUCCAGAACUUUCCUGGUCAGGGGUAAGAACGUCGGCACUGAAAACGAGCUGCCUGUGUUCUACCAAUCAGCUCGCUUGUCUAAGACAACAGGCGAGUCGAACGGCUCCAGAGCCGACCGACAGGUGCACUCGGAGUACACACUCCGCCACUACUCCACCCAGAUGUCAGAGAGGGAGGGGGAGGGUGGCUACCUCGCUACCAGCGGCUCGAUGAACAAUCUCAGCACCACCUCAGAAGAUUCCAGAACAAAGGAACCGUCAGCGAAUGUUAACUCACGUUCCCAGAAGCCCUUCUACAGAGCCGCCCAUUUGCGGCACUCGUUCCACGACCUUGAAAGUUUGACCUUGAGAGGUCGGACAAUGAAACAGGCAACAACGAGCCCAGGUGCAUACAAUACUGACCUAGAUUACCUGGUGGAUAAAGAAAUCCAAAACGAAUGGGCGUCACCAAGGAUGACGUCAUUCGCCUCAGCGCAAGCGGCCAAUCGCCGUCGUAAAUCAAAACCCAAGACGAACGUGGACGAUUCGAUCAAGCAGAACGAACAGUCAGUUCUGCGAGAAUGUCUUGUGGUCAAGCCUUCAAGCCAGACGUGGCCAGAGACUCACUCGACGACCAACGAAAACCUAAAGCUCAAGUUCUUCACGCAGUUCGUCAAGAAGGAAGUCCCAGCCUCCAGCUCUGAGAGGAACACCAAGGCAGAAAAACCCUCGCCCAGUGGGUACCAGUUUAACUCGAUCAACAGCUACAUCAACUUCUGUCAAGGCUUCCCAAAACUGGACACUUUCCCCCCGUCCAGAAUGAGCGUCAAGAACGGGCUAGUGGCUAAAAUAGGAGACGCGACCCUGCCGAACAAGUUCCAGAAAGAAGCGCUGGGUGAGAUGAGGGUGUUGGGCAGCUCCACAGCCAGGGAGCCGAGGGUGAGCGGGACACACAGACAGACGACUGGCAGAAACCCACGCGCUACUAAACAGUCAUCACGUGUCAACCGUAGCGUGAAAUCUAUAAAUAACCACGAGGGCAGCGAUGCCCAGGAGUCUGAGAAAGAUUCUGAGGAGGGAGACAACUCGGUCCCUGAUAACUCUAUCCAAGCCGGGAGUUCCGACACGAUUCCAGAUGACGUCACAAAACCACGUUUUGAUGGCCCCUCUGAAGAGCUGGGCCAUUUUGAGUCGAUUCUUGGCCGACCUGGCCAAGCUAAAAGCGACAGCUAUUUAAAUUCAAACAUAGACUGAGCCCGUUUUGAUCGGCUGCGUCACUGUCCCACAAUGUUUCGAACCCCGACUAAGCUGGUGAUGGUGUGGUCCACCACGCUUUAUAUUGUUAUAUGGGAAAUGUUGUACAUUAUCUUUAUGUUACCAGUUUUUGUACAUAGUCGACCGAUACAAGUAUUAUUAAUUAUUAUUAUUAAUUAACAUUUUACAAUUCAGUUGCUGUGUUAACAAAUUAUGGCACAUU